UGACCUCCUGAAGUUUCCAGUCGGACGACGUUGUGUGGUGCACUGAGCAGGAGCCGCAGGAAGCAGGAGAAGUUCACGUGUACACGAGAGGAAAAAUGAAAACCCACAAAAAUCACAACAAUGCGUCCAAGAAGGGCAAAUUCAAGCCGGGAUCCAAGAAAAGGGAAAACAAAUGCAUCGUUAUGUUUGACGACAAAGACCGACAGGAGUACCUCACCGGCUUCCACAAGAGGAAAGUGGAGAGGAGGAAAGCAGCAGUGGCUGAAAUCCGCAAGAAACUCAAGGAGGAGCAGAGCAGAGUCCGAGAGGAGAGGCACAAGGAGUAUUUGAAGAUGCUGAAGGACCGGAGAGAAGCGCUCGAGGAAGAUGAAGAUGACCUGGAGGAUGCCGUGACGGGCACGACGGAGUCCGUGCAGUACGAUCACCCAAACCACACCGUCACCGUGACGACCAUCAGUGAUCUUGACCUCACGGCGGAUCGCCUUCUCGGGCUCACGGAUGAUCAGGUUAAUGGAGAGGGAGAGGAGGAAAAUGAAGAAGCGGGAGAGGAGGAGCUGAAAAAGAGCGCCAUGCCAAGGAAAGCUGGGAACCCCAUCCUCAACAAAAAGAUUCGCUCCCUGACGGCUUCGCUCAACAUGUACACCAAGCAGCGGAAGAGGAAAGGGAAGCAGGAAGGCCGACGAGGCCGAGGCCGUCCCACAGACAAGAAGCCCGGCGUGGCAGAGAGGAAGAGCCGAGCCGGCAAGACCAGCAAGAGGCAGAGGCGCCGGCAGACGGGGAGGAGGACUCAUCAUGAAGACUGAGAGAGCGUGUGUGAACAAAAUAUGUGGGCUUCGUUAAGUGAACUGUAAAGAGGAUCCCAUGUUAUGCUUUGUGUGAAGUGGAGGUGUCUGUGGUGGAAAAAUUGCUAAAAUGAACACAAGCUGAGGCGGACGCUCCGUGUGGGACCGUCCCGUCCUGACAUUGCUCAGUGUUUCCACAGGAUGCGCCUGCUGAGGCCUUCCCUUGUGGUCAAAUUUGUACACAACCAAGCUGUUUUUGUAAUGUUAUAUUUUUUAUAAAUGUAUAAAUGAUGUGUUUACCUAGACUCUGAUGCAAUUAAAGAAGAAAAAUGUUAGUAA